AUGGCAUCUCCGGGCACCUUUCCGACCCUAGAGUCUCUGCAUUUCCCGUCUGCACAGACAUCCAUAUCGCAGACACUCUCGUCUCUCCGACGUUCGGCCCUAUCCGUCUCGAACAGGCUUCAGUCCAUUGAGACGGACGCUGUCUUUGUGAAGGAGGUUGCGGAUCAUUAUGCUCUGCCCCUCGUUGCGAAUGAGCGCUGUGGGAGUUGGUAUAUUGAUCCGGACGUUAAGGUCGGCAGUGCUUAUUUUAAGAGUACGGAUGGGCAUACAGGGCAGUGGGAUUUCAGCUUUCGUAGACUCAAUCUACAGCUUUUGACUUUGGCGAGGGAACAUGGAGGAUGUGUAAUCGUCGACUCAACCCGCCGAGGUAAACUGAUGCCAGAUGCCUUAUCCAAAACCAUCCCCAUCUGGUGCGCAGUCCUCAACCGGGCCUUAUUCCCGACACAAACAGCCUACCACGCCGUAAAUCUCCCACCGAAUUACCUCGGUGAAUCGGAGGAGUACCAGAUUGCGAACCGGAUUGAUGGAUUUGUUCAUUCGCUUCAGUCUCUCAAGCUCGACCUCGAGGAAUUACGGCAACAACUCGGAAAACCCAUGCGCGUAGCCUGGGCUACUCGCUCGUAUUUCCAUCCAACAGAUCUCCACAAGAGCGACGAGUAUCACCUGCUAGUCCUAUGCUCGGCAUCCAAGCGCGUCCACGGCGCGGAGAUGUCGGAGGGCGGGUAUAUCCAGGGUGCUGGAGAUGACAGCGAGGCAUGGGCGCACGGGCUAACGCCGCCCGUGUUCUGGGCAAAUCGGCUCCUUCUCAAACGCACGUCUGAGGAGGAUUUGCCCGGUGUGAUUGCGGAGUUGGUGGGGGAGUAUACGCGUGAGAAUACUGAUCAUAAGGCUACUGGUAUCUCGCCGACGCGCAAUUUGUAUAUCAGUCAGACUGAUGCGCGUGUGGAUGUGUGCGCACAGUAUGACCUUGUGAUUGACUGUAAUGGUGAUCCCACUGCUGUGGUGGAUAAUCCAAAGCGUCUUAAUCUGGGUUGUGCGUCGGCAAAGCUGGGUAGUCGUGACUUGCGGAAAUCGUUGGAUAAAGUGCGAGAUUUUGUUGGUGCGCAACUUGGUUCUGAUCCGUCGCGGUCGUUGUUGGUGACUUGUGAUACGGGCAAGGAUCUCUCGGCUGGUGCUUUGUUGGCGAUUAUCUGCCUAUUCUAUACUGAGGAUGGAACCUUCGACGCCGAGCAGAGCAAGCGCUCAAUCAGCAAGCAGUUCAUCCGACAGCGUCUGGCGUGGAUCGUCUCGUCGAAACACGACGUGAAUCCUUCCCGCUCGACGCUUCAAUCGGUCAACGCCUUUUUGAUGCAGCCGCCGGAUUAUUGA